GUGGAUUAUGCUAAAGUGCUACACUACGUGGGUGCAGGGGUGGCUUUUCCCACCAGUAUACUGUUUGUAUGUCUGCAGUCAGCCCUGACCUACCGGCUGGCCAAGACCCAGGGGGAGUACAACGUGGGCCACCUGCGACUCGGGAUGAGCCUGCUAGCCUUCAUCACCCUGGUUCUCGGUAUCCUUUCUGCUGGUUGUCACCGUGAGAGCGAGACAUGAAGGAAGGAUGUACAGUAGUUAUGUGUUACAUGGCCCCCUUGCUGGAUAAAUACAUGUUUUGCAUACAUGCUGUCGAGAUGAGUAUAUGCAUUUGUAUUUUAUUUUCAUUUAACCAGGUAAGUUGACUGAGAACACAUUCUCAUUAACAGCAACGACCUGGGGAAUAGUUACAGGGGAGAGGAGGGGGCGAUGAAUGAGCCAAUUGGAAGCUGGGGAUGAUGAGGGCCAGAUUGGGAAUUUAGCCAGGACACCCCUACUCUUACAAUAAGUGCCAUGGGAUCUUUAGUGACCACAGAGAGUCAGGACACCCGUUUAGCGUCCCAUCCGAAAGACGGCACCCUACACAGGGAAUGUGCCCUGGGGCAUUGGGAUGUAUAUUUAUUUUUUUACCAGAGGAAAGAGUGCCUCCUAGUGGCACUCUAACACCACUUCCAGCAGCAUCUGGUCUCCAGGACCAACCCUGCUUAGCUUCAGAGGCAAGCCAGCAUUGGGAUGCAGGGUGGUAUGUUCUGUCAUCGACCAAGUGUGUGUGUUCACAUGCUAUCUCUCAGCUCUCCUUCUGUCUAGAUAGGUUCUGUUGUUCUCCUUAAACCCCUGUCCCUCCCAGGCGGUGUCUUCUUCAUCCAGGAGAGCUUUGCCCUGCAGCACGCCUCCGCCAUCUUUGAGUGGCUCUUCUGCAUCAUCAUCAUGCUCUUCUUUGGGACCUUUGCUUUUGAGUUUGGGGACAUGUCCGGGGACACCCUGAUGGUGCUGGCCAGAGGAGGGGGUGUCCAGGGCUUCUCUAGCAGUGACCACAAGGCUGAGGAGGCAGGAGGGCCCAACCACCACUACCAACCAGAUGGCAUAGCCAUGCUGUAG